GCGUCGCAAUUGGUCGACAGACUGUCGUCCACUGUACGGUGAGGGAACCGUGCGAAAAGCAAGACGACUGAAGACACCACAAAAACAACAACCACGGUCAACUCGGACCACAACAUUGCCACUUUUGGGGACAGGGAAAGCACAAUAAAGAUUGCGGAUGUCACGAUGGCCGCAUCGUUUUCCAUAUCAGACGACGAAUCCGAGACCUCUGAUGAGUUAGAGGGGCGAGAAUUUCCACUUCAGGUACCCAACUGGCACCCUGCCAUGAGACCCCCAGUCCUCUUAGGGGGCAGUCGUACUCGGGGGAACUCAGAGUCCCAUGUGUCCUACAUGGACCAGGAGUUCCGGGCCGGGGAAGGGGAGGACGUGGGGUCCGGGGACGGCACCCCGUUCCGGAGUCGCUCGCAGUCCGCUCCGGCAGCCCUCUGGGCGGCCAAGAAGUACGGCCGGCAGCUCCGGAGGAUGAGCGACGAGUUCGACAGCUGGCUGGACAAAGGGGAGAUGCGGAAGGUGAGGAGCGCAGGGUCGGCCGGACAGAUGUGGCUCUCCCGCAGCUGGUGGAGCAACCUCUUCAGCCACCAGGAGACGGAGGUGGAGAACAGCGCCCAUCACCCGGAGAACCAGAGUAACCGCACCGAGUAGGGGGAGGCGGGGGGGGGGGUGGGUUACAUGGAUGGUUGGAUGGAGAUUUUUCUUUUUUUUUUAUUGGGAGGGGGGGUGAGGAAGAGGUCUGACGGUCCGAUGGGAGUCAAAAAAACGGAAUCUGCACCGAUGUUUUUAGAAAUGGAAAUAAUUUGGUGUAUUUUUUUGGUGGGGGUGAAACAGUAGAGUAGGUUGGCCGUCCAGAACAUACAAGUUCGAGAGGCGUUUCCUUGUAUCUGUCUGCGUUGUCAGGACUCGAUACUAGUUCACUAACUACAUCACUGAUGUAGAAUUUAGCAUCCAUCAUCAUGUUUUUGUCAAUCCUUCCCGCAAACUGUUAAAUCGCCUGUUAUUAGCAAGCUACAUAAAGGGGUUUGUAUCAACUGUGGCUGAGAUACAUUUUAGGAAUAUACAAUGAAAAACUGGCUGACCAUAAUCCCCCUUAAUUUAAAAAAUACCCAAAUAGGCAUCCACUGUAGCUAUAUUAUAUCUUUCCUUUAAAGUAGAACGUAUACCCCCUUAACAUUCUAACUGCAAUCAGUUGAAAGGAGAUUUUAUGACCAAAGUGGUGUCUCUUAAAGUUUCCUAGUUUUAUUGGCAACACAAUCUCAAUGUGUUUUGCAAAAAAAAAUAAUAUAUAUAUACAUAUAUAAGACUAUCAUAAAAUGCCUUUUAUCUCUCUAGUUUAGUUUAAAAAACAAACAAUCUCGACAAGGACAAUCACUACUCGGGCUUAACUUGUGAUUUCAUUUCCUACGGCACUAAUACUACUUCAGGGUUAAGAGUUUAUCGGACGACUGGCAGGCAUAGAAGCACAAGCAUCCAGCGCCGCAGAUCUGUCUCGCCAAUGCCUCCGGCAACCACACAAAGAAAGACUUGAGUCGCUAUAAAACAAAUAAAGAAAUAUCGUGUACAUAGGAUGUUGAUAUUGUUAUAGAAGGCAGGGAUUUAACAUGGGUGUAUAUUUUACCCAUUCUGCCAAACGAGCAAUAGGCAGUGUACAAUCGAAAGAGGAAGACGAGAAAGAACUGGUGAUGUGAUUUUCGGAGAGAGGGAAACAAGUCCAACCACUUCUACGGUAGAAGUCGAGGGCUAGGGGCGUGCGAGAGAUGGAUGAUCAAGUUAUUCAAGUUUCUGCUUUUUAAUAAAAUCAUUAAAAAAGUCAUGCAGUUGGGGGUUUUCAAACCCUGUGAAAAUCAGUUAAAAAUUGUGUUUUGUAUCGACCUAAAGCGGCAUUUGCCCAGUUUUUUUAAUUCCCAAAGUCUUGAUACAGUACUUAAAUAUCAACGACUGGUUGGGUUUUUUAAAAUAGAUCCGCAUGAAAAAAAUGACAUUUAUUGAAUAUAAAAGCAUAACCAUUUGGAUGAUUUGGUAUUUUUAACAAACGACAGACCAAUUUUGAGUGUAGUCUAAUUUUUAUGAAAUGGCACCAUAGCUCGCAGAAUGGAACCACUUUUUCAAAGUCUAAUCAGAGUAAACAUUAACUUUGAUAAAUCUGAGUGUAUGCAGAACAAAUUGUUAUUUUCUUUAAACAUGGUUUGUUUUCAAUGAGAUUUUUCUCACAAAGCCUUCCGAGUAAUACCACAAAGACCUGGACUACUGUUUUACAUUUGCUCUGAGACACACGUUCUCUCUCGGUGACAAUAUUCAGCCUAUUACAAUGGUUAAUGUAGACCACUAUAGAUGCUCGUUUUUAUUUAAAUUCAGGGUACUACCUUUGAAAGUAAAGCCUUUUCUAUCUAUGAAUCAUCUAAAAUUGUGGCUUGAUUAAAUGUACAGGUUUUAUAUCACUGUUAUUAACUUAAAUGUGAUUAUUGGUGACGAUGAUGGUGAGAAAUAUUGUUCCAUUUAUUUGCUGUCUUAUUCUCUUCCUCCCCACUUAUUCUGUGAUUUUGGUUGCUUGCUGUUGCGCAACCCCCCCCCCCCCUCGCUAGCAGUUGGGUUUUCCAGAACAAAUUGCUUAAGAUGUCAAUGUGUUUUUAACAAGAAAAAGUGUCUUUCAGCUGCAGAGAAGCUAGGGCUAGAGGGGAUACAAUGUAAGCCACGUACAAACAGACCAGCCCAGAACGGAGAAGCCCCUUUUCCUUACCUGACCGCCGGUCACCGGAAGGACGACUGUGAAUCCCAAAGCUUUCUGUGCUCUCUGCGCAACGCACUCGGGUCAAGCGCCUUCACAUUUGACCCCGAUCACCUUAAGCUCCUAUGGCUGACUGUCUCACACACACACACACACUAAACUUGUUCAGUGAUGUACGAUGUAUUACGUUCCACCACGGCACUCACACAUGGGUCCCUGAACAACCUGCUAGCUAGCUUUGCAACCAUAAUUUUGGUAUUACUUGAAUCCGGGGCCUUUGUUUUGGGGGAAGGGGGCUCUUUAAUAUUUUUCUUUUAUGGUUAUUUUUUAUCUUUUCUAUGACUUUUGUAAAUGUAUUUGAUA